UCCGACAUCGGCAAUUUACUUACGUGUUAUGUUUAAUGUUUAUUUAAUUUUUAAAAGGCCAUAUAAUUAGACUAGUAUAAAAUGAAAUUCUUAUAUCUCAUAUUUAUUUUUUGGACAAUAGUUAAUUGUGAUGAACAUACGCAUACGUACAAAGAAGGAGAACAAGUGGUGCUCUGGAUGAAUACCGUAGGACCAUAUCACAACCGUCAGGAGACAUACGCUUACUUUUCUUUGCCGUUUUGUAUUGGUACAAAAAUUACUAUUGGACAUUAUCAUGAAACUUUGUCGGAAGCUUUACAAGGCGUCGAAUUGGAAUUUAGCGGUCUGGAUAUUACCUAUAAAGAUAACGUACCUGCCCAACAAUUUUGUGCCAUUGAAUUGAAUGAGCAAUCGUAUAAAGCAUUGGUUUAUGCAGUAAAAAAUCAUUAUUGGUAUCAAAUGUACAUAGAUGACCUUCCUAUAUGGGGCAUUGUCGGUGAAGUUGAUGGUGACCAAUAUUAUAUCUGGACCCAUAAGAAAUUUGACAUUGGAUACAAUGGAAAAAGGAUUGUCGAAGUGAAUCUUACAGCUGAGAAUAAAGAACGCCUGACGCCUGAUGCCAAAAUCCCAUUCACGUAUGAAGUUAACUGGAAGAAGAGUAAUAUUAAUUUUGAAGAUCGUUUUGAUAAAUACUUGGACCCAAACUUUUUUCAACAUCGUAUACACUGGUUUAGUAUAUUUAACAGUUUCAUGAUGGUUAUAUUUUUAGUAGGUCUUGUGUCCAUGAUUCUCAUGAGAACGCUUCGUAAGGAUUAUGCAAGGUAUUCUAAAGAUGAUGAUCUUGAUGAUUUAGAAAAGGAUUUGGGAGAUGAAUAUGGUUGGAAACAAGUGCAUGGAGAUGUAUUCAGGCCUGUGCCACAUUUGGCUUGCUUCUCCGCUCUUAUUGGAGCUGGAUACCAGUUGACAGUUGUUACUCUUGCUGUAAUAAUAUUCACCAUAUUUGGGGAACUAUAUACAGAAAGAGGUUCCUUGCUUUCUACUGCAAUAUUUAUUUAUGCAGCAACUUCUCCAGUUAAUGGAUAUUUUGGUGGAUCUCUGUAUGCUAGGAUGGGUGGUAAGUUAUGGAUUAAGCAAAUGCUUUUAUCUGCCUUUCUGUUACCAGUAUUAGUUUGUGGAACUGCAUUCUUCAUCAACUUCAUUGCAAUGUAUUAUCAUGCUUCUAGGGCUAUUCCGUUUGGUAGUAUGAUUGCUGUUAUGUCAAUCUGUACUUUUGUCAUUCUGCCUUUGACUUUGGUAGGUACUGUACUUGGUCGUAACUUGGCAGGUCAACCAGACUACCCAUGCCGAAUCAAUGCUGUUCCGAGGCCUAUUCCAGAAAAGAAGUGGUUUAUGGAGCCAUUCAUUAUAAUUAUAAUGGGAGGCAUUUUACCAUUUGGCUCUAUUUUUAUUGAAAUGUAUUUCAUAUUUACUUCAUUCUGGGCAUACAAAAUUUAUUAUGUCUAUGGAUUUAUGCUUCUGGUAUUUUUGAUUUUGAUGAUUGUUACCGUCUGUGUAACAAUUGUAUGCACAUAUUUCUUGCUUAAUGCUGAAGAUUACCGUUGGCAAUGGACAAGUUUCCUUUCGGCUGGAAGCACAGCCCUUUAUGUUUACCUGUAUUCUUUCUAUUACUUUAUAUUCAAAACAAAAAUGUAUGGCCUCUUCCAGACAACUUUCUACUUUGGUUACAUGGCCCUUUUCAGUCUAGCACUUGGUAUUAUUUGUGGUACAGUCGGAUAUUUGGGCACAAGCAUAUUUGUUAGAAAAAUAUAUUCUACUGUAAAAAUUGAUUGAAGAAAUUUCAUUUACAAGAUUGAGAAUGUAAUAUGUAAUAAUAAUGAAUUGUUUCUUAGAAUAAUUUGAAUUGUGUUUUAGUUGGCUGUUUACAUCAGUUGA